AUGCCAGCGGUUAUUGGCCUGCCCGCUGCAAAAAGCCCUGCAGUGUUCAAGCGAAGUACUGGCUCGAGAGGAAAAAGAAAACCUCCACAGGCGGCCGGGAUGACAUCAAAGGCGCCUGGCGAAACCUCGGCGGCUUCAGGUUGGGCCUGGUGGGCGGCCGGGCAGCGGCCUGAGAGGACGGCCGGUGCUGCAGGACAGGCGCUGUCAGUUGGUGCCGGCGCUUACACUGAUGCAACUGUUUCUCAGGGGGUGCUCACUGCUGAGCCCCUCUGCUACGGCUACAGAUUGGAUAGGUACUGGUUACUGGCAGUGUUUGCUGCUGGCUGGUUCCUGGUCUGGUGCCUGGAUCGUGUCUUUCAUGCGAUGACGGAGUACUACGAGUCACUCUAA